CUCUCUUUCAAGUGGAAGGCUUUAAAGCAGCACAGUGGCUGGUGUUUUGGUAAAACCAACAUCAUGGUGUCAGGGAAAGAAGUGCUCGUGGCUGCUGCUGCUGUUUUUGUUGUCGCCCUCAUUUCACAGAGCGAGGGUAUAAUGGGCGGCAGAGAGGCAGCGCCACACUCUCGACCUUACAUGGCCUCCAUCCAGAAGCCAAAAGGAGAGGGUUUCAAACAUGAUUGUGGAGGGUUCAUGGUCGCAGAUCAGUGGGUGAUGACUGCAGCUCACUGUUUGCAAAACGGGCCAAAUGGAAAGAAAGUAGUGCUGGGUGUCCAUUCUCUGAGUGAAGCUGAAGAAACAAAGCAAACCUUUGACAUUUUGGAGAUUUACAAUCACCCAAACUUUAACCCCGCAAAUUAUGAUAAUGACAUUGCUUUAAUAAAGUUGGAUCGUCCAUUUGUGGCGUCUGACGCUGUUGGAGUGGUGGAAUUCCUGCGAGCGGGAGGCACGAACCCCACCGUCGAUGAAGAGGUAGAAUCAGCCGGCUGGGGAGCCCUUGACGACCUGGGGUCCAGGCCUGACAAGCUCAAAGAGGUGGCGGUCGACGUGUUCAGCUCUGUUUUGUGCAGUCGCGAGGACUACUACAGCUACAAGUUCACCACCAACAUGAUCUGCGCGCACAGAGUUUGCCCAAAGCCCUGUGCUAAACCAUAUAGGAAGGAAGACACUUGUGAUGGUGAUUCUGGGGGACCUCUGCUCUACAAUGGCACCGUGGUGGGCAUCACCUCCAAUGGCGGGGGGAAGUGUGGCCAGCUGAGAAAGCCUGGAAUUUACACCAUCAUCUCCCACUACACCGAGUGGAUUGACACCGCGAUGGCCCCGCCGCCCACUGCAGCAGCAGAGGAGAGCGAUUAAAUAAGCAACAGCAGCAAUAAAUCAAUCAAACUUUAUAUGAUUUUUUUUCUGCGUACUCUAUAGCACCUUUCAUACUGGUUCAUGCAAUUAAAAAUGCUUUACAGAUUAUUGAAAGCUGAUAAUAAAUUGUAAAAAAAAAAACAAUAUAACUAAUAGUUACUGAUUGUUCUGCACAUGAACACAAGUUUUUCUUUGUCAUUUGCAACUAAUGCAUGGCUCUAGAGAUUGAUUUCCAGUAUGGCAUAACAUACCACACAGAUUCACCCAGAUAAGAUAUUUUAUAUUGUAUUUCACAUUCCUUCCUCAAAUUACUGUAUAAAAGAAUCAAUAAAUUACAGUUUAACACA